CGUGCGUGCGUGCGUGCGUGGAGCAUGGUCAACCGUGGAUGUUUGCCUUUAUUUUAGUUCAUGAAUCGGGUUAAAAAUUAUACAUAUUGAUCAUUAAGAUACUGGCUUCAUCAUGAAUGUCAUGCAAUCCUGAGCUUAGUGCGAAUUCUUCUUGAGGAGAGAAACUUAACGUAACGGACCUUGCCAUUAAAGACCAAGAGUCUUAAAGAGAUCAUCAGUCAUGGAAGCUGAUCCAUCGACCACGUCACUGCCUACCGACGUCCAGGACCAUGAACUAUUGGAACCUUCUGCAACGUACACACAACAGCUCACAGCCAGUGACACUAUCACAACCCAAGAGGAUCUGACCCACAAGCAGGCGAUGGAGAUUGUCCGUGAAGGACUGAGCGAUGUUCUGGAUGGAGAUCCACUCUUGAGUGAUCUCCCUGCCGGUGUAACCUCAGAGGAAGUGGCCUUGCAGAUUGCACUCGAGUAUGGACAAGCUAUGACGGUGUGCGUCCAGAAGUUCACAGGAGAAAUUAUGCCUAUUGUGGUAUUACAAGGUGCUAGAGUACAGGAUCUGAAGCAAGCUAUUCAACGUUACGUCACAUUAAACGAGGACAGGAAAGGAACACAGACCAGUAUCAGUUGGAAAUAUGUCUGGCGAACUUACUCCCUCUACUUUGAUGGUGAGCAGCUUGAUAAGAACAAUAAACUCAAAGAAUAUGGGAUCAAAAACAAAGACAUAGUUACAUUUGUCAAGAGACGGCGAUAGCGACGGCACAAGACAGCAACAUCAUCAGUUUUUGUAAGGCUGUUUGAAACAAACGUCUUCAAAAGAUACCUCCAUGAGCUCCAGGCUGCCUCCUCUUGUGUGGUUUAAUUCCAACAAGUUGCAGUCGGAUCUGUGUCAUGAAGAACUAACUCCCGGGGAACAGUGCAAGAGCAAACUCUCCGACUGUCUUCACUGUGUUGUGGUAUGAUAGAUAGGUUCACUAUCCUGCAAUGUGUUAUCAUGGUCAAUGCUUUGAUACAGCACACAGUCAACCCUCCUACUUACUGUCUUAUCAUUGCAUUUACCAACAGCACUUUUGAAUGGUACUAGAAACAAUACGGGAAUGCCAGAUGUAUUGUGACAUUAAUGUGGUUAAUACUGUACAUUCCAUUACGAAACACAGUCAACCUUCCCACUGCUUGAUCAUUUAAUAUCACCCAGCAGUGCAUUUUUGAAUAAUAUGUGCAAUGAUAUAUUAAUGUAGAUAUAUCAUAAAACUACUCUGUGAAACUUUGUUCGCAAAUCUCAAAAACUCAAAUAGAACAAAACAACAACGCAGGUCUACAUUUUGAUCUUUCACCUUCCAUACCCAUACGUAUUUGGAAUCUGUAUUGUAUUGAACUUUGUUUAUUUCGGCCAUAUCUGGAC